AUGGGGGGAAAAGAGGCGAUGGGAGCAAAAGUGGGAAUCGACAACGGAGAGAGAGGAAGACCAGCGGAGAUCCAGUUCGAAGACGAAGCGACAGAAACGGUCGGCGUCGGUCCUGUAACCACCAGAUUCCUCAACAGAUUCACCGGACACGCCCUGGGCCGUUCUACGUACCGGGAUUCAUCUUUCUUCAGGAAACUCUUCUGGCUCCUCGUAUUUCUCACCACCUCUGGCUACAUGUCCUACGGAAUCAUCGAGAUCGUCAAAGCAUACACGUCAGGCCUAACAACAACCGCCACCCAGAUGGAGCCUCGAGAAAUGAUUCCCUUUCCGGCCAUCAUCAUCUGCCCUCAGAAUUUUUUUCAAGGAUAUGAGGUCAUGCCCUUCGAUUUUUCAGGGCUCUUCAGCCCGAUGGAACGUCUCGUGACGACUGAUGCACUCAACGUGAGCUUUAGAGAACUGUUAAAGUCGGAAGGAACGUACCAACCGGCGAAAGGAGAUUUCCGCCCUAGUCUCAAUGACGUGGAUGGCGUAAAAGUCAUGGACGAACCGAAGAAAGUCUGCGUUUCGCCCUUCAAAGAAAGCUUGCCAUUGAUAUGGAAUUCAUUCAUCACCGACUUGGAGUUGAAGCUUCAUUCAAACAAAUUCCUUUUGGACCCGUUCCCGUUCAUGGAAAAUGUGAAACCUAGAAUACUCCAUUGCAGCUUCAACGACGAGCCCUGCAACAUCACUGAUUUCCAACCAUCAAAAGAAGAUAGGCUUGGAGAAUGCCUUACCUUCAACUACCGCGGUGACAAGAAAGUCCUGCGCCAGAAAUCACGUCCUGCAAUCGGAAAGAACAAACCAAGUGGGGUAUGA